AUGAAACUCAGCAAAUAUGUAACGCAGAUUCCAGAUUACAUUGACUCGAGUGCAUACUAUACUACCCAAGACUUGCAUAACACGGUGAAUGAAACCGAUAUACCAACCUAUCCAACGAUACCCAGCUUCAAAGAGAUAAUAGACCAGAAUGAGCAAAGCCUACCAGUAGAAGGUUCGUUUGUUGAAUACGUAGAUCAGAUCACCAGAAAGAUCAAAUUUGGAGUGGUCCUCAAACCAUCAGACUCAAAAUUUGACGACAACUAUAAUAGAAUCAUGGUUUUGACCAUGGAAAAUAGCAUCGAGAUGGUUUCACCAACUCACAUAAAUUAUCAACUUUAUCAAAUCGUUCGUCCUGACUGGAUUGGGCAAAUGAGACUAGAUGAAUACAGAACGGAAGCUGACCUUCCAGCUAGACUAUACUUGGUUGAAGUAUUGAAGUACUUUAUCCAGCAAAGUCUUGAAUUCAGUGAGGAUUUGAGUGCUGGCUUAAGUCUCGUUCAUUCCCAAUAUUCCAAGAAAGAUAACAUCGUGCCCAUUUCAAUCUUGGAGAUCAUAGAAUCCCUCAAAUUUUCCAACAAACUGUUGAACAAGAUCAGUGACAAUUAUUUCCAGCAAUCUAUUCUAUUAAUGUCUAUCCAUCUAUUUGUCUCGAACUCCCCGUUGUGGAUCCAGUCAUCAAAUUUGCCCAAUUAUAGACUGACUAAUAUUGUUCAAAAUGGAUGCACAAAUGCAUUAAUCUAUGGAUCCAACUAUUUCCUCAAUUCAAUCAGUAAUAGUCAAUCAAUAGAUAGACUAAACCAAGUAUCGGGAAAUGAAAUACUUAUGAGGGAAGCAAAUGACUUUUUGACAAAGUUGUACAAUGACCAGCAAUCUUCUUCAUGCAAAAGUUAUGAUGACUUAAAUUUUUAUGUUACAAUAUGGGAAGGAAGGCACUUCAAAUUCAUUAUAGACUGUUUGAAGUUCUUCAUCAUUUACCCGCAUUCAGUAAUUGCCAGACUGCUUUCAAAGUUUGAUGUGUUUAAAGACACUCCAGUCACACCUGGCAAUGUCUAUUCAUUUCUUGAAAGACUAAAGUUGUACAACAAUUCCCAGAAUCAAUUGACGGAUAUUUUUCUUUCAGCCAAUAUCAUUGGAAAACCGGCCUUGUCUCAAUUAGCAUUAUCUACCCCUGGUGACGUACAAGUACCAUCAAACUCAGAAGCAAUUUCUUCGAAUCAGUUUACUGAUAAAUUUCCACACUUACGAAAGGAAAAGUCUUACUACAAGGAUCAUGUAGUCUACGGCAUUCCUAUUCUUAAAGAUCCUAGCAUGUCUCUAGGAUCAAGCUUAGCAGUAUCUUUGGAAAAGGUGAACUCAAGAAGAUAUACUAUUAAUAUUCACAUCCCCGACAUCGCAACAAAACUUUCUCCUAGCAGUGAUUUAUUCAACGAAUUGUUGCAGGAUAGCAUAUCAAUGAAAAGUCUAGGGAAGCUUUUACAAGGUGAACAAAUGAAUAAGUUGUUUGAUAAAAAGCUCGAGGGCCACUUUAGAUUUCCAAAUCAAGCAACAGAAGAAGAGAAUAAUUGGUAUAGAGUAGGAGACAUACCAAGCCACUCACACAACAGUGGGAUGGAUUCAAGAUCUGUGACAUGUCUUACAGUUUCCCUUUCCUAUAAUACCUUCGAUUCCAAUCCCUUUUCAAACCUUCAAGACAAAAUAUCGAUUUCGUUUGAUUCGUUGGCAUCUGUGAAAAUCAAAAAUAUUCAACAACAUGAGUUGGAGGAAUGCCUUGAAGGAAAAGCCGACGUUUCCCCAUUUAGGAUAUUCAAGAGGACGGUAUCUCCAUCUCGGGAAGGACAGUCUCGUUUGAAUACGGAAGAUAUUCAUAACAUCGGAUUCAUUUACAAUGUUUUAAAGAGUCAUUUCAAGAUUAGAAACUUAAAUGGUGCUUCGAUUGUUCAUGCAUCAAAGUCUCUUGAUCCAGAAGACAGUUCGGAUAUGAUAAAAGAUCUCAGUUAUGCGAAUAGUGGCAGAACUAAUGAAAGACUCAUUACGAAGAUUGAACUCAAAAACUCCGCCAAAAAGUUUUCCAGAUCAAAGUUUUUUGUUGACGAAAUCGAGAGCAUGGUCGCCAGUAUUACUUCGUUGUACUGUGCUGUGAAUAAGAUACCAGUAUACUCUUAUUAUCAAGAAAACUUAUAUGAUGAAUUGAAUCCUACAGAAGAUUCCAAGGCCGAAGUGGCAUAUUCGAAGGGCAAGGAUAGUGUAUUAGUAUCCCAUGACAAUCUAUUUUUACCAAACUACUAUGCUGACUCAUUUUAUCAAACAUUGAUUUCACGGGAUGCUAAUGGAUAUGUUUCACUUCCUGCAAAUAUAAUUGGAAGAAGUUUUCUCGGAAAAGUGGGCUUGGAGGUGAGUUCCAAUGGCCUCGUGUCAGGAAAUUUGCCAAUGGGAUUGUCCAAUGGAUAUGUUGAUAUAAUUCAUGCAUUGGAUGAUUUUGAAGUUAUACUAAAUCAGCUUCAAAUAUUGAAUUUUGUGCAACUUCAAUUUCACAAUUCAUUUGUCAAAAGAACUCAGUCACAUCUUGAGAAUAUCAAUAAGUCGAGCUAUUUGAAGGGGUAUGGCUAUAAUGUCAGGGGCCCAUUUGAGUCAGUGGCUUUAACACAACAGCAGGAUAAGAUUAUUGACUCCAAGAAAUUAGUAUCGUUCUUGCAGACAAUACAUAAGAGAUUUUGGACUUUGAAAAUGCUCGAGCAAAAGUUGGUGCAAGAAGAAUUUGAAAAGAAUAGUGUGACGGAAGGUGCUAGUUAUGAGUGUAUAAUUACUCACACUGGGUAUGAAGUUCCUGACAUGGCGAACCGUAUUUCCCGAGGGUUUUGCACUGAACUAGGUAUCGAGGUGGAUGUGCUUAAUAGCACGCACAAUAACAUAAAUAUAGGAACAGUAGUAAAGUGUGAUAAAGUAUUAUACUUUGAUGUUGUUUCUGGGGCAUGUGUUUUGAAGGAGGAACAAGUAUUCUAA